GAAGAUUUGAAAAAACGCGAAUAAACUGUGAAAAAGACCUGAUUUUGUUAAAGCAAAUUAAUAAGCGAGAAAGUGAUAGUAUUGAAAAAGAAAAGCAAACCUUGGCCUUAGAAGAACGCAGACUUGAAUUGAGAGAACGAGCGACCAUAGUUCGCUCAUUAGAACUUCGCAAUAUUCAGAUGAGUUAA